UUUCUGUGAUUUGUAAUCAUCGACUCCUUCACUUUUGAUUUUUUGCAGUUGGAUCGGGAUUAUUAUUAUUAUUAUGUAAACUAUCUAAUACUGUUGUUUGGAUUUGAUGUUACAUCUAUCCACAUUUCUUGAUUCAAGGAAAUGGAAUUUGGACAUCCAUAGCGUUAAUCUUAAGUCGUAGCCAUUCUUAAGUUGGUUACUUUAAGUAGGGAAUUAUUAUCAUGGUUUUGGAAUCAAGUUUGAAAAUCACAAUAAAAAGUUUAAAUUACGUAUAACUAAAGUUGGUUGAUUUUCUUUAAUUUUUAUUCUUAUGUUUGUAAUGUUCUCUUUGAUCGUAAGGGACCUGUGUUUACUCGCUGCUUAUCGCAGAAAGUGAAAAGCAAAAACAGAGUCUGCCAAUGGAGAACUUGAAAUCAGAAGACGAAUCACCAGCUUCAACUACACAGAUGAGCGUGGAGGAAAAGUUUAGGAUUGUGAGGAGUGUCGGUGAAGAGUGUAUUCAGGAAGAAGAACUCUUGAAUCUUCUUACCAAGAAGCCCCAGCCCAUUUGCUAUGAUGGGUUCGAACCUUCUGGCAGAAUGCAUAUAGCACAGGGUGUUAUGAAGACCAUCAACGUGAAUAAACUGACAUCUGCUGGUUGCAAAGUGAAGAUUUGGAUAGCGGAUUGGUUUGCCCAAUUGAACAACAAAAUGGGUGGAGAUUUAGGUAGAAUCCAAACGGUUGGGCGUUACCUCAUUGAGAUAUGGAAAGCAGCCGGGAUGAAUCUAGAGCACGUAGAGUUUCUGUGGUCUUCCGAGGAAAUUAAUUCUCGGGCACAUGAAUACUGGCCCCUCGUGAUGGACAUUGCUAGAAGAAACAAACUUCCCAGGAUAAUGAGGUGCUGUCAAAUUAUGGGCCGAAAUGAGCAGGAUGAGCUGACAGCUGCUCAGAUAUUUUACCCAUGCAUGCAAUGUGCAGAUAUAUUUUUUCUAAAGGCUGACAUAUGCCAGUUAGGCAUGGAUCAAAGGAAAGUGAAUGUACUUGCUAGGGAAUACUGUGAUGAUAUCAAGAGAAAAAACAAGCCCAUCAUAUUGUCACAUCACAUGCUUCCUGGAUUGUUGCAAGGGCAAGAGAAAAUGUCAAAAUCUGAUGCUUCUUCUGCCAUUUUUAUGGAAGAUGAGGAGGCUGAGGUUAAUUUGAAGAUAAAAAAAGCAUACUGUCCGCCAAAUGUUGUUGAAGGGAACCCAUGCCUUGACUACAUAAAAUACAUUGUAUUCCCAUGGUUCAAUGAGUUCAAGGUUGAAAGAAAAGCCGAAAAUGGAGGAGAAAAGACCUUUGCAAGUUUUGAAGAGCUAAUCAGUGAAUACGAAAAAGGGGAUCUACAUCCUGCUGACCUAAAACCGGCUCUAUCAAAGGCCUUAAACAGGAUUUUGCAGCCUGUUCGCAAUCAUUUCAAGAAUGAUGAGAAUGCCAAGGCUUUACUUAAGAGGGUGAAGGUAGGGUUUUAAAGUCACAAAAUGAUUGUUGUUUUGAGUUUCGAUGGUUUAGCAGGUGCUACUAGCUUCUUGUAUGGACGUGUGGUUUCUAGCCUUAAUCUUCUUGGUAUUUGGAAGCCAAGUCUAGUGCUUUGAUACCGUUUCCAAUUGAAUUGAGUUGAGUUGUAAACAAACCAUUAUCAAAAAUAUUCCAUCCAACUAAUGAUAAUCACAGAUCUAUCUGUCCGUCUUAGUUUUUAUAUA